AUGCCACAAAUACGCAACCCACCCACUUACAACUCGUUGACGCAAGCCCUCUACGGCUGCCACGUGACGACGGCCAAGCUGCUUCUUGAUGCUGGCGCCGAUGUCAACGAUGAUGCGUGGGGCGAGAGCCCGCUCUUUAUGGCCUGUCGCUUGGGCCUCACGUCGCUUGUGCCGCAGCUUAUGGACCUUGGCGCCGACACGACGGCACUCUACCACGCGAGCCUGACGCCGCUGCACAUUGCGAUUCAGGAAGGCCACGCCGAGAUUGUAUCGAUGCUGCUCGCAUCGCCGCGCGGCGUCGUCAACCAGCGUGACGCAGUACGAGGCCGACGUGUCUCUACACGUGAUCUCAUGUUUGUGGCAUAG